UGACGACGAGAGGCUGAUGGAUUUAGUGCAGACAAAUGAAGCCAUUUACAAGAAAUCUUGUAUUUCUUAUAGAUUGCCCGAGAGGAAGAGGGCGGUGUGGACAAGCAUCGCACGAGAAUUGGGAGCAACAGGUUGGUAAAAUGGUUUUUAUGUGCAUGUUUUAACUAAAAUACUAUAUAAUAAUCCUAGAGGAAUAAUGUGUUAAUGUGGCAGACAUUGCGCGAUAAAUAUUCCCGUGAACUGAGGAAAUUGGAUGCACCAUCGGGAAGUGCGGCGGUCCUGAUGGACCACUGGCCUCUAAUUGAAAAUAUGAGCUUCCUGAAAGAGUUUGUUAAGCCAAGACCAUAUUUUGGACGAGUAUGGAGAAUAUCCGUCUUCGCCAAAUUUUCGGUGUCGGAGUCGUCUGUGCUGACAGAUUCUUCUGACUUCGAGGAGUCGCCGUUAUUUACGGAGGAGUUUGCUUGUGGACAAUCAACCCCGAAAACUUCUCAGAAGAAAAGAAAACGACAAGAAAAUGAUGCAGAUGGAGAGUUUCGGGAGGUAUGUAAAAUGUACAAGGAUCUAUGCGAAGAGCGCGCUGCCCAAAAAGGUAGUGACACCCUACUUGCAUUUGGGCAAAUGAUUGUGUCCACUGUCAGCGAAAUGAGCCCGGCGAAAGAAGCAAAGGCCAUACAAAUCGUGACAAAUGACAUAAUAACUUUUAAAUUGGAGCACGAAGAAUAGGAAGGUCACGAUUCAUCUUGAUGCUAAUGUAUAUUUUACAUUAGAUACCUAUAUAAGUUUAGUUUAAUUCAAACAUAAU